GGGGGGGUUAAUUGUAACUUUUGUCCUGUUCCUGUAGACUGUUUAGGCAAUGUUGUUGUGUUCACUAAAGGGGAAAAAAACGUCAACAAAAGUAUGAGUUUCUCAGUGGCCCGCAAGUUUUAGAAUUUUGAUGGUGCUUGGACUUUUUUGUGAUAAUGUGCUGGUAAAGAAGGCAUUUUAAUGUAAAAUUUUGUUUAGUUUGACUUUUAUAUGUCAUGUUCAGAUGUAAACAAAAUUGUGCCACAUUGUAACUCAAUUUUAAUCUUAAAUGAUUUGGAGGCUAAUUAUUUGGUUUCAACUAAUCUAAUCUGCAAUUAAGGGCCCACAUUUGUGGGAGUAUUUUGUAGUUAGUAUGUCAUAGAUACAAAGAUGACAAUAACAAAAUCUUUGCUUUACGUUGUCCAUGCAAGCUCCACACAGGCGGGGCCAGGGAUUGAACCCAGGUCCUCAGAACUGUGAGGCUGACGCUCUAACCAGUCUCACACCGUGCCGCCGAUCUAAGAUUUCUCUGUUGACUUCUGUCACAUCUGUCAACAAGGUUUUUGGAAAGCAGUUCUGUAGUCACUUUUUAAAUAAAAUUUUUUUUUUUUUUUUUUUUUUUUUUACUGUCCAUAGCGCUUUCUUUUGUAGUCUUUGUUGUGAUUUGCAUUUGAGUGGAGCUCUUGUUGAAUGAGGCAAUGUUUUAAAAAAUUACCAAUGUUUAUAUCCUGCUGUUGCCAAGGUUUGAGCUAAUCCCAUAACUUUCUAAAGUGCUAUAGCAGACCUUUAAUUUGGUUGACCAAAAGUAACCAAACCAAAACAACAUCAACACAACUCAUCACAGGUUUAUGGAGAUAACAAAGACAUUGACAUAUUUAUCAUUCAUGGGGUUGUCGACAUAUGCAAGUUAAACUGAAGAACCAAAGAAAAUCCUAUGAGGAAACUGUAUUGAACGCUUGCAAGAAUGUAAUCAGGUCUCAGUCAUUACAAACAACAGUUUGAAAGACAUAAGACACAAGAAUUAAAUGUUGUGAUGGUGCAUGGUAUACAGUAACAUGGUUGCAUCUUACCCAAUUGAAACAUGCCACGUGGGUACUGCAGUUUUUAUUAUGUUGUAUCGUAAUGAUUGUAGUUAUUUCAAUUAUUUAAUAAUAAUCUCAUUUAUUCAAAUAGAAUAGGACCUUGAGAUGUUGAGAAAUGCAGCUUUUUUCAACAAUGAUUUUCUAACAUAAGAAAAUCAUUAGUAGGUUAAUUUUUCAUUAUUUGUCAAUCACAUUUUCCCUUUUGUUUUCUCCCCACCUUUUGUUCUUUUAUCCUCUAUCUUCCUGUUCUUGUGUGUGUCUGGUGCGUACAUGCGCGCGUGUGUGUGUGUGUGUGUGUGUGUGUGUGUGUGUGUGUGUGUGUGUGUGUGAGAGAGAGAAAUUGAUAUCCCAUUUCAUCACCCUGCGUCCCAACAACACUAGACUACGCUGAGCAGCUGCGAAUAAUGCAGAAGACCAAGGAGAAGCUUGAAAUUGCAUUAGAAAACCAUCAGGAUUUUUCUGAUACCCUCUCACCAUUACGUGAGCGUGGCCUGCUAAUUAGCACAAGCCUGCUAUUAGCAACAAGACCAUCAAUCAAGAUGCCUCCAUUUGCCACUGAGGACUAUCACGGACUGCUGCAGAGGAUGUCAAUCCUGGAAACCAAAAUCCACCGUCUUGAAGUACAUAUUGAUGUAAAUGGACAGUCGGGGUAUGAAGCUAUUCUACCGAUGUCUCAAAAUGGUGAGCAGAAGUGUCCUAACAGACAGCCACUUGGCUCAACAAAGAGGACGGAUGUGGACUGUGGAAACGGUAAUGGACCAUCCAGCUGUUCUCCCUGGAAUUUACUGGGAGCAAAGCCCAAAGAUAUGGGACAACAUCUAAAAGGGAGGACACAACCCCAGCAGAUUACCGAGGAAUCCAGCUGGCCUGCGUUGCGGGCUGCUUCAACACCGAGUGAGCGGCCGUCGACAGUCGCUACAGCGAAGGGCAAGAAAAAAGGACGCAAGUCAAUGCAAAACAUUGACAUCAGACUUACAAAUAGAUUUGAGCCACUUAUACAAGACCCUGGCCAAGAAUGCUCAUCCCCCACCACCACUGAAAGCCUCCAUUAAAAAACUUCAAGAGCAGAAUGAGUUUCACCAGGCUAACAGAGCCAAAAUGGCAGAGGGCAUGACUGUAGCACUGGACAAAAAGGACCAGGAAUGGAUGAAGACGAUGGCUGUUGUGGAAAAGGAGAAGGCUGCCUUAUCAGCAAGACUGGAAGAGAUGAUGGAGCAAAGCUUUUCACUCUUCCAGAAGAGGGAUGAUACUGAUGAACUGGAGGGCUUCCAGCAACAGGAACUUUCUAAAGUCAAACACAUGUUGCUGAAAAAGGAAGAACAACUGGGCCAGUGUGAGCGGGACCUCCAGCAGCAGGAGGCUGAACUUCAUUCAGCGAAGCGAAGACUUUCUGAAACUCUGGGGAAACUUCAAGCUUUACAAAAGCAACAUGACGAGAGCUCCAGAUUCAACGCUGAGCUGGAGAUAGAACGAGAGGAACUGCUGUUGCUCAGAGAAGAGGCAGAUAAGAAAAUUGGUGAGUUGGAGGGACAAAACCAGAAGCUACAGUUGGCCAUCCAUCAGGUCUCAGCAGACUUUGAGAAGUCGCAGAGUAUGGUGUCUUCGACAGAGCGCUCCCUUCAUGAUCUUCAGACUGAACAUAAUUCCGUCAAGUUGCAACAAGAAAAGGCUGCUGUUACAGAGGAGGACAAAGAGCGCUUAUUGGGGGACCUUCAGAAGAAAGUGAACUCUUUAGAGAGGCAGUUGCAAGGAAACCUGAGCCAGGAUGACCAUCUGCUUGAGCUUCUCCAGGAGAAGUCCGUUCUCGAACAAAGACUGGAAGAGACCAGAACAGAACUACUACAAUUUCGGAAAAACCAUGCUGACACAGUUAGCUCCUUGGAGGCACAGGUAUCCAGAAUGACGUGCAACAUUACAGAACUGCAAACACUUCUCCGACAUAAAGAUGAAUCCUCGAGAUCCUACCGAGAAAGAACAGACACACAAAUCGCAACCCUGGAGCAGCAAGUCCUAGCAAGUUGUGAUCGACUGAAAAGUGCAGAACAACAGAUUGAAAUGAAAAAACGGCAGACAGAAAAACUGCAAGGAGAGUGGAGUGCAGAGAAGGCCUUUUUGGAUCAGCAGUUGUCUUUGUUACAGCAGCAGAGUAUGGAGAAGAAAAACAGACUCGAGGAGAAUAUCACCGCUUUACAGACAGAAAAACGUACAAUGCAAGACACAAUAGCUGACCUAGAGAGGCAAAGAGAUCAGGUAAAUGUCGUACUGGGACAGCAGAUAGAAGAGCUGGAAAGGUGCAAGGUGGAAUUGGACAGCCGGCAGACAGUUUGCACUGAAAUCGCCAAAGCUCUAGAAGAAAGCAGGCGACAGAGAGAGGAGCUACAAACAAAGGUUGAAGUGUUGACGACAUCACUAGAGAGAUCACAACAGGAUUUGUCAACUGUCAGUGAGAAGCUAAUGCUGAGAGAAAGAGACAUCCACAGGCUACGUGACGAAGUGCAGAGUCGGCAGGCAUCACUUGUCCUGCUGCGGGAGGAAUUUGAGCAGCUGCGGGUCCAACGGGAGCAGAUUGAGCUGGACAAAGACUCGCAGCUAGCUCAUUUGAGAGAAGAACUACUCAGCCAGACCCAACAGCAAGACACUUGGCAGGCCCGGAUCUCAUAUUUAGAGGUGGAGGUAGAGACCCUGACAGAGCAGCUUCACAGCCCUGCUUUGUGCGAUGAGGACCACAAUGGCAGCGUGACAGUGAAUGAUCUAGACCACAUUCAGAAGGUUAAAGAGCUUGAGCAGCAGCUCAGUGACAAGAACAGGACUAUCAAACAACUGCAGCAGCGAAUGGCAGAACUAAAAAGGACUUUGCAGAAAGAACUGAAGCUGAAGCCUGAGCCAGAAGAGGAUGCAAAGGAAAAAAUAACAGAAAGUGUUGUAGUAAAACAAGAAAUGGUUUGUGCAGAGCUGCCAUCAGUGUCUAGUCCAAGCCUUUCCACUGCAAACACCACAGUGACCAACACCUCAGACCUCAAUGACUCAAGAGAAAUCAACUUUGAAUACUUGAAGCAUGUUGUUCUCAAAUUUAUGUCGUCCAGGGAGACUGAGGCAUAUCAGCUAAUACGAGCGGUUUCUGUGUUGCUGAACUUCACUCGUGAGGAAGAGGACAUGUUAAAGCAAACCCUUGAGUAUAAAAUGUCCUGGUUUGGAUCCAAACCCUCGCCAAAGGGAAUUAUCCGGCCUUCAGUCUCAGGCUCUUCUACCCACUGGAGCUGAUGGACUACAAAUAAGGCAUUGAUCAAGAGACAGAAAUAGGAUGACCACCAUCAGAAGGAAAUCAUUCCCUCUUGUGUGGCUCCAAACAUGUAGUUGGAAGCAUGCUCCAAAACUUUAAGCAGCAUCUUGCAAUCACACACUAUCUCUGGCUCUGUGGGACAAGAACUGUUGUUGUUGUUUUUAAUAUAUAAUUUCUUUCAGGAGAAGGGCUGCAUGGAUGUUUUUGUAAUCAGCUGUUGAUUUUAAAAAUGAUACCACAAAGGUCGAAGCCAGUGGCUUCAUUAAAGAAACAUUUACACUGGAA